AUGCCAUCUAAGCAAGACCUUGAAUCGAAUCACAUACAGACGGUUUCACGACUUGCAUCUGGAACCUCGGGCCAAGUCUGGUUAGCAGAGAACAAGGAACUGAAAGAGCUUCGUGCACUCAAGGUGCUACGACAUGAUCAAUACUUUGAUACUACUGCUAUCAAAACUUGGGGCCGACAAUUCAGUGCCAAACGAGAGCAGUCAAACUUUGUACUUGGUCUUAUCGAAUCGUUUCACACCGGGGAGGAAAUCAUUUUGGUUACCGAAUACAUGCCUGGCGGAGACCUAGAGUCCUACAUCUGUCGACAUGGAAAGCUCAAUAUGGAAACAGCACGAUUCUACGCUGCCGAGCUCUGCCAUGCUCUGCGAUUUAUCCACCAACACGAAUUCAUUCACCGAAAUCUAGGACUGGAACACGUGCUGCUCACUGCCAGCGGACACAUCCGCCUCACAGGAUUUGGGACAUGUAAAGACGGCAUGGUACACGAGUCAAGGACGACUACUUUCUGUGGUGGUCUUUCGACUGCGCCGGAGAUCUUGUUGGACAUACCCUACGGCCGGGCAGUAGAUUGGUGGGGGUUCGGUAUAGUACUGUUCCAGAUGCUUGAAGCUGCGAGCCCUUUUCAGGGAGAAGACGUGGAUGCCAUCUUCGACGAGAUCCUGGACGAUUCGAAGCCUGUUUAUCCGCUCGAAAUGCCAGACAGCAGUAGAUCGAUUCUGCAGCAACUACUGCUUCGCAACCCUGAUAUGCGCCUCGGGGCAAACAAAGAUGGCGUUGAGGGAGUCACUGGACAUGCCUUUUUUGCCGGAACAAUAUGGGAAGAUAUCGCACACGAGCGUGUGCCGCCACCCAUCUCACAGCAACGUCCAAAUGCUCAGGAGCCUAUGCAAGAGUCGUCAGUCACGUCAGUCACGGACUUUCCACCUGCCGUCGAUUGGUCUCGCCUUGAUAUCUUCAGUGGCUUUUAA